AUGUCUUCUCAGCAACAGAAGAUGCCCUGUACCGCCCCUCCUCAAGUUAAUCAGCAACAGGUGAAACAGCCCUGUCAGCCACCUCCCAAGGAGCCAUGUGCCCCCCAAACCAAGGAGCCAUGCCACUCCAAGGUCCCAGAGCCUUGCCAUACUAAGGUGCCAGAGCCAUGCCACCCCAAGGUGCCAGAACCUUGCCACCCCAAGGUGCCAGAGCCAUGCCACCCCAAGGUGCCAGAACCUUGCCACACCAAGGUGCCAGAGCCUUGUCAUCCCAAGGUGCCAGAGCCAUGCCAUCCCAAGGUGCCAGAGCCAUGCACCACCAAGGUUACUCCACCUCCAGCUCAAGAGAAGUGCCCACAGGUUCCCAAGACCAAGCAGAAGUAA